CACACAUUCACACAAUCACACAUUCACACACUUGUGCGACACCCAUCCGUCCUUUACAUUGGAAUCCAACCGACCACCCGACACUCGGAAGAUCCCUCUCGAUUGCGUUGCCUCAACUCGUGUACUGUUGUUACCUUAGCCGCACACACACACACACACUCUGUCUCUCCCGGCAUUGGCUUGGAUCCACAAUCGAAAAACAAUCACACGCGGAUUGGCUGUGAAAACAUACCAAACAUACACCGAUCGACACACCAAAACCGAUACAAAAUCUCGAUGAGUUCUUCUACGCCAGUGACGAUGAGUCCGGAGGCCUUGUCGUGCGUCGUGCCCGGUACGACUCCGGAUCCUCGGAUUGGGGACGUCAUUGCACAACCCCGUCCCGAUGGCAAGCCUUUUGUUUCCCUCGAGUACUUUCCACCCCGCACCGCCGAAGGCGUUCAGAAUCUACACGCCCGUAUGCAUCGUAUGCGCGAUACACUCCAACCCGCCUUUACGGACAUGACCUGGGGUGCCGGAGGUUCCACGGCCGAAUUGUCUCUCCAACUCGCUCUCUACGCCCACAACACGGGACACGUGGCCAAUCUACACAUGACCUGUACCAACCUCGACAGCGGUAAGAGUAGUACUAGUACUAGCAGUAGUAGUGAACACAACGGCAACGCCAGUGACGACGUUGCUUCUGCGGAUCCCCGCGAAACCCUCCGUCGCGCACUCCAACAAGCCCACGACGGGGGCAUCCGGAACCUCGUGGCCUUGCGGGGAGAUCCACCCGCCGGACAAGAAACGUGGACCGCCACCGAAGGUGGCUUUACCUGUGCACUCGAUCUCGUCGAAUUCAUUCGAUCCCUACCGGACAUUGGUGCCGACUUUCAUCUCGCCGUGGCGGGAUAUCCCGAAGGACACCCCAACGCCAUUUCCGAAAUUGCCGAUCCGACGACCCUCACCGCUGCCGAAGCCGCACGGGCCAGUGUCACGGACGGAAAAACAUACUGCUGUCUCGAUGCCGAUUAUCACAAGGAAAUGGAGUAUCUCAAAAAGAAGGUGGAUGCCGGUGGUGACAUGAUCAUGACACAAAUGUUCUUUGACGCCGCCGUAUUUUUGCAAUUCGUCGAGGACUGCAGGGCCUGGGGCAUUACCGUCCCCAUUGUCCCCGGACUCAUGUGCAUCAACGCCUACGCCGGAUUCGUCAAAAUGGCCAAAUUCUGCAAGACCCGCGUCCCGGAAACCCUCCGCGCACGCAUGGAAGCCAUCAAGGACGACGCCGCCGCCGUCAAGGCCUUUGGCGUCGAAUUCGGCGUCGAAAUGUGCCGAACACUCCUCGCCAGUGGACACGUAUCCGUCCUGCACUUUUACACUCUCAAUUUGGAAAAGGUCGUUUACGGCGUGCUCGACGCCCUGGGU